CCCACGCAGCCUGCCCAGCACCACGGUCCUUGCCCAGGACCCGCAACCUUGUCCGGGUGCGUCUCCUUGGGUUCUGCCGAGCAGGCUGCAUGGAGUGCUAGCUCCAUGCUGCCCACGGGAACCUCCCUGUCCCCAGUGAACUGUGGGCGACCUGAAGUGGACUUCAACUCAGUGGUGUACGGCAACGACUGGUGGGUUGGCUCAGUGGUGCGGUACAGCUGCCGGCCGGGGUUCCUGCUGCUGGGGGACCCAGCCAGCGCCUGCCAGUCCGACGGCCGCUGGACCCCCAAGCCCACCUGCCUCCGGAUCUGCUUGCGAGGUCGGAUCGAGAUCAGCGAGCGGGACGUUACUGGGAGGUGUUCCUCAUCCUGCAGCUCCCAGGCCCACCUGGGAGCCUUCCUCAACCGUGGCUGCAUCAAGAUCUCAGCAUGUGUCACCAAGCGCUCGGGCUGGGCCCGCUGGUUCUUGCGCUGCGACGUCUGCGAGUGUGACUGCCACGUGCCGUGCGCUUCCUCCACAUAGAGCUGGGCUGUCCGGGGCUGUGACCGCUGGUCCCAUGCCAAGGGAGGCUUCCACCCGUCCAUCCCAAGGUUGUCAUCUGAGAGGAGAGGAGAUGCUCUGGACUUGCUCUCUUGCAGGACUGCCUUCUUGCCUGGCCCCAUCCUGUCACUCUCCAGCAGCAGAGGGUGCUCUGUGAGCAGCAGGCACUGGGAAGCUGCGUGUGUUUCCUGCAGCUGGCCUUGGGGACAGUGGUGUCUCAGCCUCUGUUUGCCAGGCUGCUUCCUAAAGGAGGUUCAUAUCCCCUUUUAGGUGGGAGGUAGCCUAUGUGCCUGUGCCAGAAGUAUCUAUCCCAUCUGUGCUGCAGGUUGAGAUUCCUCCCUGCCAGGUAUUUCCUACACGUGAGCCAGACCCUAGGCUGAGAGGUAGAUCUGCCCUCUGUGCUUGCUGCGGCCGUCAGGCAGAGCUGGAGCGUGGGACGUGCCCGCUGUCCCCAUGCCACGGGCAGAGCAGCCUGGCCAGGGCUGCACCACGCAUUGCUGAGGAAUCAAGUGUUAAAGUGGGACAAGCUGCCCUACAGCCUCCCCGCGAGCCAGGACAGCUAACUGUGCGGGGGAAGGUCUUAGCUCCCGGGUGCAAAGUCUUUCCCACGAGCUGGUCCGCGCGUUGGCUGCAGGGCAUGCUCCCAUGCUCCUUCCAGAGGUCUACAGCCUUGCCCUGAGAGCCCCUUUCCCCAGGGACUUCUCUCCCAGCAGCUUGGGGCCACAAAGAGACACGGUAGCCGAUGCUCUGCAGCCAGGAUGGGUAAGGAGAUAUAAGGGGGAUAUCCUGAGCACAGCAGGGCCCUCUUUGAUCCUGUAGCUGGAGAAAAAGACCUGGGGUGUGGGCCCAUAGUGACUCCUCUCAGGCAUUUGAGAAGGGAGCUGGGGCUGUGGGCUCUCCCUGCCUGCCAUGGGGCCUCCUAGCCUGUGCACGACUGCUAUUAAUGUGGCCCUUGGCAGGAGCAGCCAUCAUGAGCACUGCUGUAACCCUGCGUUAUGCCACCUCUCUUCUCAGGAGUGGGUUUCUGCCCAGGCUCCCUUCCCUAAACUCUUUGUUCUCCCCACUGACCCUUCACUUCUCACGGCAGCAACUCAGUGGGUUUCAUUCGUGCUGAC